AGUAUGUCGGCUCCGGCCAUGUCAUCGGCCAUGGCUCGUCGAAUCGCUGUGCUGAGCCUGGGCCUGUUGGGCGCCAGUGCACAGGACGACACAAACAACACCUUCACAGUGUCGCCCAGCCUCCUGCUGGAGGAGCCUUUGUGUGGCUACUCCAAGCGCAACAUCGACGAGGACCCGCUCAGGAGGCACUGCCUUAGGCAAUGCAUCCUGGGGCCGGACGGCAUCGUCCACCCCUACUUCGAUGAAUGGGAGGAGUACUGCCGGGAUACUGCCGGUAUGAUGGACUGGGACCCAGAGUGCUCCAGCUACUUGUGCUGCUUGUUUGGCUGCGAGGUCUGGGGCGGGGACUCCACACAGUGCCUGUCCGAGGAUCCCACGGAGCGCUACAACUUCCUGCAGGAAUCCAGGGCGCAGAUGUUCUCUGCGGGCAUCACCCGGGAGCAGCGGUGCACCCUGGAGAAGUGCAACGCCUACUGCGCCAAGCAAGUCUUCAUGACCUGCCGGGAGACUCAGUACACCCAGCAGUGCGAAAAGAGCAAUCCCGCCCUCUACGGCUGCGAUGUGAACUGCAACGGCGCCUUCUACUUCCCCCUGACCUGGGUGUUUUCAGUGUUGGCCCUUCGCUUUUUUUGAGCCCUGGACGUUUCUGGCUCCCGAGAGGCCAAGACGGCUCUUCACGCGAAAUUCGCCCAUGCAAGGAGCAGCCCGGAGUUGGCUGCGGUAGGUUGCCGAAAGGCGGCAGAAGACCCUGCCAUGGGCACUGGAAAGGCCAAGGGUGGCAAAGCUUCCGACUUCAGCCCCAGCCCUUGAAGGGCGGCUCAUGUCUCACUGCCAACUCACCUCGC